CCUAAUCACGUCUAAUUCCACCCUUGCAGGGGAUGCUGGCCCUCGCGCCCCUCAUCAUCACCUAUCAUCUCCUCCGUCUCCCUCUCUCUACUCCCUCUUAGCCUUCUGUCUCACUCCUCAUCACUUCCUCCAUGCCGACAUUCACUCACUCCUCCCCACCACUCCAUCUCUCUUCCCCCUCUCCGCCCUCACCACAACCAUGGCAACACUCACCAUGCAGAGCUCAGCCAUAGACCUCUCCGACACACCUGCUCUCCUCUCCGACAACUCUGACUUUGACCCAGCGGCAACCAUCCGUCGCUCAGACUCACUCUACACUCCUCGUCGCGUUGGCCCACCUACCGAAGCCUGGGAUACCCACCCAGACUGGCGCGGAUACUACGAGUUCUGCACAACCUCACUUCCCGUCCAGACACUCACCCGCUUCACAACCAGCGCCGUCGCCUAUGUUUCAAGCACGUCGAUCCCUCGUCACCAGCGCCCCGGCUGGCGCGUCUUCUUCACCGAAUUCUAUUGGACUGACGAGCGCGGUCUCCCACAAGUCAUGCAUCGCGAAGACCUGGUGGCCGCGUUUGAGAAGCUCGUCCGUGCUUGGGAGCUGCCGCCCGGCGCAUACGAUGAUCUGUGGGCGUUGUGUGCGCCGCACUGGGGCACACGCGAGCACAAGGGUGACGAGUUGAUUGCGCGCCUCACGAAGCUGCAGAAGGAACGCGGGGCAUUAGCUACAUGUUUCAGUGAACAGCUCGAACUUCUCCGCCAAAUGGAGCUGUCAGGAUACACCCCCGCGCGUUUCCAUGCAUCUGACAUCGCCUAUCCCAUAUCCUACUCGACUCUCGGCGCGGUGUCCGCGGCUUCUGGGCGACCCGAGUACACGAUCCCCUCGGCGCCUGAAGCAGAGUUCGUCGAUGGCACAGUGUCAGACUGGGUGCUGCACGUCGCGCGCUUCGUGCUCCUGCACGACCCACCACCAGAUAGCGCCAUUGCCGAGCUCGAGGCUGAGGCGCGCAAUCUCGCCGCAGAGCUGUCCAGUCAUGGGUGACGCCUCUGAUCUUGGGGAGGCGAGUAGCGAGGAGGUAGGUGCCCCCCUACGGCUGAGGUGAUGGGCACGUAGAGGGUAGGUCGAGGAGCGAGGAAGGUGGCUGGUGGACAGUUGACUCAACCCAUGUAUACAUAUUCUCUC